AUGUUCGUCUUAGCCUCUGUUUGGGCAACGCAGUUCAAGAAAACUGCGUGCGAUCCGAGUCCUUGUCUAAAUGAAGCAGUCUGUUCUAUUGUCAACGAAACUAUCUCAAUGUACGUGAUAGACUGCGAUUGCAACGAAGAAAGUACCGGUGAAUUUUGUGAGCUCUCGCCUUGCGAGGACAAUCCAUGCAAGAACGGAGGAAAGUGUUAUGUUGACGAGAGUACGUACUCGUACGAAUGUGACUGCCCGAAUUCGCAUCACGGGCUAGAUUGCGAGAUUGCUUAUUGCGACCCGAAUCCUUGCACCAAUGGCGGGGUCUGUGUGGUCAAUGAGAAGAGACCCGGUUUUACCUGCGACUGCCCUCUUGGAAGAUAUGGUGAUUUAUGCGAGAGAUCCGCUUGCGAGCCAAAUCCAUGCCGAAGCGAUGGAGUAUGUAAUCUUCUUGGGGAGGAUGGUGUGGAACAGAAUGAGGAAGAAGAGGAGCCCGUUUCGAAUGAAGAUGGAACCGUAGAAGAAAAUAGCGAAAGUGAAGUCUCCCAGUCAUAUGAAUCGCAAUUAGAUGUGCCAGAUCGACCGCAAGACCAAUUUGAGUGCACUUGCAAGCCGAAAUUCUACGGGGAGAUCUGCGAGUACGAACUUUGCAAAGUGAACCCUUGCUACAAUGGCGGAGAAUGCAAAGUCUACAAGCGAGAACAGUGGUGCAAAUGCCCAGAUUACGCGUUUGGAAAGUAUUGCGAGAAGAAUCCUUGUGUUGAUCAACCCUGUCAGAAUUAUGGCGAGUGCACUGUCGAUAAAAAGUACAGAAAACACAGGUGCAAGUGCAAAGCUGGAUUUGCUGGACAAAACUGUCAGAAAUACACGAAUGCUGCUGUUGCUCACUACGAUAAUCUGAUCUAUGCCAUUGGCGAGAGUGAAAUCGAGAGAUUUUUCUUCGACGAAAAGACGAAGACAGUUCAAAUUAGCGAGUUUCUUCUGCCGAUGGAAUUUCCAUCGACGUAUUCUAUUGCAUACAGCUUAGAUUAG